AUGAUUCUCUUCAUUUUCCUGCUGCUGUUUCAAACUUCUUCAGCCAGUAGCGGCUUCAACAACAGCAUACUCAGCCAGCCCCCUCUGGCAGUGGCUGACUGCCCACCACUGCCCGAAACCUGCAGGAAUAACAAUAGUACCUGUCCACUUUGCGACGAUUCCGGAAAAUGCACCCUUUAUGUUGCUGUUAUCCUGCCACAAUCAGAUUUCUACAUUGUCAAUAUUGCGAGGGCAGCUGAAAUUUUAUAUGAGGCGGGAAAUAAAAGCAUAGCCGAUGGAACACUUGGGAAAAAUAUAAGUGUAGAUUACCGAUUUUACGAUGACAGUUGCAAGCAAGAUAAAGCUUCUGGAAACUUGGUCUUGGCGACAAAGGACGAUUUGUGUAUCCACGUGAUGUUUGGUCCUGUUUGCGAUUACUGCAUAGGCACUAUUGGAAGAACUGCUAAAUACAUCGAUAUACCAAAUUUGACACCAACAGCGCUGAGCAGUGACUUCACUAAAAUAAAACAGAGUCUAGAUGACGAAUAUUACUUCCUUCUCAACUCAGGAAGUACGGAUUUUAGAUCCGUUGCAGAAUUUUUUGAGUUAAUACUCGACAGGUAUGGUUGGAGAAAAUUCAUCCUGAUGUAUGAGAGAUACCAACAGGAAGAAGUGGGUGGGGAGGACACUUGUUAUCUAGGUAUGAGUAGUCUGGCUACGGAGCUUGGAAAAUUUCAGCCAGAUUUUGUCGACGGUGACUUGAGAUUGCUAGGAAUGAAUUAUACCGAAUUCCUUAUGAAUAAAGUUGGAGUGGACUACGGAAUAAUCAUAACUUGUACGAACCAAACAAAUAUGAGGAAAAUAGCGAUAGAAGCAGCAAAACUGAAGAUGAUGGACCGAGGGGAAUAUACUUUCUUUAACUUAGAAUUAUACAAUAAUGCUACGAACCCUUCACGACCAUGGUUGUGCACUAAUGAUACCGAUGAAAAUAACGCUCUGGCGAGAAAAGGUUACGAAGCAAUCUACACCAUAAUGCCUCACUCCGAGACAAAUUUCUCCAUGGUUGCUAGUCAACCUAAAAGGGGUAGCAUGUUCCUGGAUGGCCUCUACGAUGCCAUGAUGAUGUAUGUGCAAGCACUGAAUCGUACUCUGAACAGGUCAGGAGCAAUCGGAAAGCAGGAUAUCUCGGGGUGUGAGCUAGUCCACGAAAUGAUGGGGAAAUCUUUCAAAGGAAAGAAUGAGGAGUUCGAGGUAAAUUGCAAUGGGAUUAGAGUACGGAAGUUUGCAAUGUUGAACAUCAACUCUGAGGGCGACUAUGAGAUUAUGGCCACUUAUUCAACUAGGAACAAGACAAUUGAUUAUUGGAAUAUCAGAUGGAGAUUCGGAGAGCCUGGAGAUACGCCAGCCUGUGGAUAUGAUCUGUCGAAGUGUCCUACAUACGACAUUGUGAUGAUACUGGUUGGGUGUUUGAUAGUUCUCGUAUUGUUUGGACUGGCAAGUGCAGGUUACAUUUGGUACAGGCAAAGGAAGUUGAAAUCUGAAAUAGAAGCCAGAGCGUGGAAGGUCAAUUAUGGUGAUAUACUAUUCUUGAAUUCAAAACCACGAUCCAGUAUUUCCAGUGGUGUUUCCUUGCGGUCAAACCUCGAUACAAUCAGUCUGAUAGGCGGCAGACCAACUUACGGUCAGUUGGCAUUCUACAAAUCGAUGAAGGUGGCUGUGAAAGAACUAUCCAACGUGAAAAUCGAGCUGAAUCAUGACAAUUUGUACGAACUGAAAGUGAUGAAGGACUUGUCUCACGAAAACUUAGUGAAAUUCCAUGGUGCUUGCUUAGACGGUCCGAAUUGUCUGCUAACAGAGUACUGUCACAGAGGCAGUCUGCAGGAUCUACUGGAAGAUGAUAAAAUCAAGUUGGACUGGACCUUUCGAAUCUCUCUUAUCAAAGACUUGGUGAGUGGAAUGUACUACCUGCAUCGGAGUCCAAUCAAAUCGCACGGUGCGCUGAAGUCCUCGAAUUGUUUAGUGGACAUUAGAUUCGCUUUGAAGAUAGCUGAUUUCGGAUUGUCCUUCCUCAGGGUGCAUGAUGCUGAUCAGGAUAUGUACAAUAAGGAGUACCAUUCGUUUUGGCAGAGAUUACUGUGGACUGCACCGGAGCUCCUGAAUAUGAACCCGAUCCCCCCCAUGGGAACGCAAGAAGGAGACGUAUAUUCUUUCGGACUUAUAAUGCAUGAAAUUCUAAUGAGAAAGGGCGUAUUCUACCUCGGGGAUAUUCAUAUGGGUGCUGAAGAAAUAUUGGAGUCAGUGAAGAAGGGACCAUCCAGCAACAACGGGACCCCUUUGAGACCCAUUCUAGGGUCAGAAGAUCAAUACGAAGAUGAAGUUGAACAAUUAAUGAACAGAUGUUGGGCUGAAGAUUCUGUAGACAGACCAGAUUUUGCCACUCUAAAGAAUAAGCUUCACCAGAUGAACAAAAACGAUGGCAACCUCCUGGACAACCUCCUGGCCCGAAUGGAGCAGUACGCCUCCAACCUCGAGGCCCUCGUGGACGAACGCACAGCAGACUACCUGGAGGAAAAGCGCAGGUGCGAAGAGCUCCUCUACCAGCUGCUGCCGAAGAGCGUGGCUAAGCAGCUGAUCCAGGGCGAAUCGGUGAUCGCGGAGACCUUCGACAGCGUCACGAUCUACUUCAGCGACAUCGUGGGGUUUACUGAGUUGUCUGCAAGGAGCACACCUCUCGAGGUCGUGGAGCUGCUCAACGAUCUGUACACGUGCUUCGAUUCGAUCGUCGAGGAGUUCGAUGUGUACAAAGUUGAAACAAUUGGAGAUGCGUAUAUGGUUGUUUCUGGUCUGCCAGAAAGGAAUGGUAAUUCGCAUGCUGGAGAGAUAGCCAGAAUGUCUCUGGCUCUGUUGGAAGCCGUAAGAAAAUUUCGAAUCCGCCACAGGCCAACUGAUCCACUGAAACUCAGAAUUGGGAUACACACAGGUCCUUGUGUGGCAGGGGUCGUGGGAUUGAAAAUGCCGCGUUACUGCCUUUUUGGCGACACGGUGAACACAGCGUCUCGCAUGGAAUCCAACGGAAGCGCGCUGAGGAUACACGUCAGCCCAGUCACCAAAGCUGUUCUGGAUACGUUCGGGACCUUUGAUCUAGAAUGCCGGGGAGAAAUCGAGAUAAAGGGAAAAGGUAAAAUGACAACAUACUGGCUGAACAAGGAACGAAUAUCCAGAGUCACUACCCAACCUGGACCUGCAAUGGAAACCAAGGCAAGAGCACUAUCGACCCCUUUGCCAAUAAACGCUCGCAAAGAAAUGCCGAGCAAUGGUAAGGUUGUGAACUUAGUAAACAUUGUUCCUCCCUCUGACGAAGCUGGCAUACCCCUACUUGCCGUAACGGCAUCCCAAGAUUCUGAAUCUUGA